UUUACAAACAAACUUUCGUUCUUCUCUUUCUCUUCAAAAUGGAUCCACAAAACCAGAAACCUCUUGAAAUCCACCUAGUUACCGCCACCGACUCACCCGAGUUCACUCACCUGACUCGGUCCUUAACUCAAACCUCCCUCGUCGGACUCGACGCCGAGUGGAAACCCGUUCGUACUCAGCAAAAGUCGUUUCCCACCGUGUCAGUACUCCAAAUCGCGUGCCAACUCGGUGACGACUCGGUAGUUUUCCUUCUGGACCUUCUCGCGAUUCCUCUCUCUUCGCUAUGGGAGCCUCUCCGAGAAAUGCUGGUUUCCGCUGAUAUCUUGAAGCUAGGAUUCAGAUUCAAGCAAGAUUUAGUGUAUUUGUCAUCCACUUUCUGUUCUCAGGGAUGCAAUCCUGGUUUUGACAAGGUUGAACCGUAUUUGGAUAUUACAAGUGUGUAUAAUCAUCUUCAGUUUAAGAAACAUGGAAGAAGUGUAUCUAAGCAAAAUAAGAGUUUGUCAACUAUUUGUGGAGAAGUGUUGGGGAUUUCAUUAUCUAAGGAGCUCCAAUGUAGUGAUUGGUCACAACGUCCUCUUACAGAAGAGCAGAUGACAUAUGCAGCUACGGAUGCUCAUUGCUUGCUUGGAAUAUUUAAGGUCUUUCAGGCAAAGGUUGCUGAAGAAGGAGAGUUGGAUCUCAAGACCAACAAAUUGUCUAUUUCAAGUGCAAAUCAUGGGUUGAAAGAGCUUUUCAAGAAGCACGAUACGAGUGAUAAAGUUCUUAGUACACAAUUUUGUGAAGCUUUAGCAAUUGUCCAAGCCACUGCUAGUUCUGGUGUUGUUCAGGUGCUGCCUUCGGCAGAAGAAGUGAUUAAAAAGUCAUCCUGUGAUACUAAGCCAAUGGAUGCAUUUUUGUUGAAAAUUGUCAAAAAACACGGUGAUAGGAUUUUGCUAAAGGAGUCGGACAGAGAGCCGAAGACCUCAAAAAAGAAACGAAAGAAACAGUUGCCAAUUAAUGGGGUUUCCAGAGAAAAACAUAUAGAGAACUUUGAUGAGUGGCAAGGUACUGCACCUUGGGAUCCAUUAGUUGGGGGAGAUGGAUAUCCAAAGUUCCUCUGUGAUGUUAUGGUUGAAGGCUUGGCAAAACAUUUACGUUGUGUUGGGAUAGAUGCUGCAGUUCCUAAUUCAAAGAAGCCUGAACCAAGGGAGUUAAUAACACAAGCACAAAAAGAGAAAAGAGUGCUUUUGACACGGGAUGCAAAGUUGCUAAGACAUGACUGUCAAAUAUAUAAAGUGAAGGGUCUUCUAAAAAAUGAACAACUACUUGAGAUUAUUGAAACCUUUCAACUAAAUAUUAGCGAGGGUCAGCUAAUGUCAAGAUGCACAAAAUGCAAUGGACAAUUUAUUCAAAAGCCACUUUCAACUGAAGAGGCUAUUGAAGCUGCAAAGGGUUUCCAAAAGAUUCCAAGUUGCUUAUUUAACAAGAAUUUAGAGUUUUGGCAGUGUAAGGACUGUAACCAACUUUAUUGGGAGGGAACCCAGUACCAUAAUGCAGUACAGAAGUUCGUUGACAUCUGCAAGUUGAGUGAUUAAUUUAAACUUCAUCCAGGAUGUGCAUAUGAGUAAUGGCGACGUUGAAUGAACACCUUCUCUCUACUCUUGUUGCUGGAAAAGUUAUUUUGACAUUCACUGAAUCUCGUUACUCACAACCGUCUCACUCUCAUGUAAAUUUCCAUCAUGUGACAUACAUGUUGUAGGAUUGUGCGAGAUCCAACACUUGUCUCUAAAGGUUUAAAAGAACGUUUUUAAAAUUUGGAUAUGCACUCCUUAAUUUUCCCA